UGGGGAGGACAGAAGCUAUGAUUAUCCUGGCGAUUUUGAUAGUACAGAAGAGGACGUGAAGUUUUUGAGAGAACCAAAGAGUUUAACAAACACCGUGAUAGUAAAGUUAGAACCGAAGAAUAUAGUUAAUUUAAAUUUGCGCGUGGGCCAUGAAAUGUUCGAGGUUGCUGGCGAAUUUGAUGGGAACAAGAACCAAGGGGUCAGGACUAUUAUAGACGAGAUUGGAACCGGAAGUAGGAAGGUUAUGGAAAGCGGAGAACGACCUAGUUUGGAAGCAGAUGUAUUCACUAAAAAUAUAGUGAAGGAGUGGACGGAUGUAAACGUGACGGAGGGGGUGAUGAAUGUAAACAUGAAGGAGGCGGUGAUGGAUGUAAACAUGAAGGAGGCGGUGGAGAAAAUAGUGCAAGAGGACAUUCCAAGUACCUUAGAGAAGAGUAUAGGGGAUGUGAUGAAGAACCAUAACGAACCUGAAGAUAGUACUGUAACUAUAGUAAUAGUAGUAGUGGUUGGAGUUCUCAUCAUAGGGAUACUUAUAAUUGCCAUAUAUCUACGGAAAAGGAGAAGACCUUUGGUGAAAGAGGAUGUGAAGAAGGGAAAGACUGAAGGGAGCAGAGCUGUUAAAUGUGUAUCAGAAAGGUUUAAGGAAUUGUGUAAAAAGGAGGAACCUGGAGUAGGACGAAAGGAGGCGGAACCAG